UGGAGUGUGGUUUGUUCGGACUUUUCCUCUCUGAAAGCUAAAUUGUCCACUUUUCCCUCCUUCUUUCCACUCAUUCACUCACAUUUUAGAUGGUUGCCGCUGGCAAGGCUGUUGUCCUACAACAUUGUUGGGAGCGCUCUGAGGUUUCUCAACAGCGACCGCCGCCAAGCCCCUCGGCCCAAGGGCGCUAAGGAUCCCACCAAGCCAGUAUUCCAGACUUCCAAAACUAAGGCGUUAUCAAAUUCUUCCUUCAACACUUAAUCCUCCCCCAAAACAACCCCUCGUCCGGCUUGUCAUUUGUUUUAUUUCUUGUUUCUCUUUUCUUUACCGACAACAGUCUUCUCGCGAUGUCUGAGCCUAUCAGGAACAAAAAGGCGGACUUCCCGGUCGCCCCGACACCGCAAAAUACGCCAGCUAAUAAUGCCCCGAUCUCUUCCCACGCUCAACAACCAGGUGUUUCUAGCAUCAAAGAAGAAUCUCUUGAUCAUGCAGCAGCGGCCUCUCUGUUUGCACGGAACCCAGGUCUCGUUUCUAUGAUUCAAGGGAAGUUAGGGUCUCUUGUUGGCCGCUCGUCAGGUUACAUCGAAUCCCUGCCUGUUUCUGUCCGCAGACGCGUGGCUGGGCUGAAGGGUGUUCAGAAGGAACACGCUAAGCUUGAGGCUCAAUUUCAGGAGGAGGUCUUGGAGCUGGAGAAGAAAUAUUUCGCCAAAUUUACUCCCCUGUAUCAGAGGCGCUCUACGAUAGUCAAUGGGGCUUCUGAACCAACCGAGGGCGAAGUGGAUGCAGGCAAAGGCGACGAAGACGAAGACGAAGACGAAGAGCUCGAUGUCAAGGAUGAGGAAGGCACCAAGAAAGACGAAGAUAAAGAACCUUUGAUCUCGGGCAUCCCAGAGUUCUGGCUUUCUGCCAUGAAGAACCAGAUUUCGCUUGCGGAGAUGAUCACUGAACGAGAUGAAGAGGCCCUCCGACAUAUUACUGACAUCCGUAUGGAAUAUCUCGAUAGACCAGGUUUCCGCCUUAUUUUCGAAUUCGCCGAAAACGACUAUUUCACCAAUAAGACCAUCUCGAAAACCUACUACUACAAGGAUGAGAAUGGAUACGGCGGUGAUUUUAUCUAUGAUCAUGCCGAGGGUACGAAAAUCGACUGGAAAGCCGACAAAGACCUCACUGUACGCGUGGAAAGCAAGAAGCAAAGGAAUAAGAAUACGAAACAAACGCGGGUUGUCAAGAUUACUGUGCCUGCGGAAUCCUUUUUCAAUUUCUUUUCACCCCCGCAGCCCCCAACUGAUGACGACGAUACUGUUGCCACCGAUAUCGAGGAGCGUCUUGAACUGGAUUAUCAGUUAGGGGAGGAUAUCAAAGAGAAGCUUAUACCUCGUGCGAUCGAUUGGUUCACUGGAGAAGCACUUCAGUUUGAGGAACUGGGCGACGAUAUGGAUCAAGACGAUUUUGAUGAUGAGGAUGACGAAGAGGAUGAUGAUGACGAAGAGGGUGAUGAAGAUCAAACGUCCGACCGUGAUGUUGACGAUGAUUCCGAUGAGGAGGAUGGGGCUUCUAAGCCGAAGAAAGAGGCGGCAGAAUGCAAACAGAGCUGAACUCGUUGGCCAUGAUGGUUCAGUAACUAUGUGAGAUGGUUGUUUUGUGGCUGGGAUUGAUCUUUCAAGAUUUUUAUUCCUUUCCUUCUCUCCCAUUUCUCAACCCUUUCCCAGAACUCCCCACACAGAAAUUGUUUUUACAUUGACUUCGUCUGUCUGUAAUUCCUGUUCUCGUAUCCAUAUUAAAGAGAGAGUAUGUGGGCGCACCUGUAAACUUCUCUGAAACUGGAUGAACAAUAGGUAUCUUUAAUAUCAUAUCAUAUCAUAUUACUUGAAUCCGAA